AUGGUUUUACCUUUUAAAACAAUAAUUUUAAAUUAAUUAGAAUAAAAGAGUACGUUGUUAUGCACUUUUACAUUAUUUGCAGUACUUUCAUUAUCACAAACAAGUAGUUUUUAUACUCUUGUCGUAUUGUCUAUAAUUAUAACAAAUAUCUAUUUAUUGAUGACUUUUAUUUAGAGUUUAAUUAAAGGAUAUCUAGAAUCUUAGGAGGAGUUAAUAGAUAAUAUUAAGGAUCAUAUUAGAGAGAAACUGAAAUAAAAAGUGUAGUAUCAUCGAUUUUUAGAGAGUUGGUUAGUAAAUAAAGGCUAGAGGAGAAAGAUCGUGAUUGAGAGAUUUAAAUAAAUAAAGAAGUAUCUUUUUGAAGUAAGAUAAAAAUGUAGUAGAAUAGAAAGAUAGAAAUUUUCUCAAAUUUCAACUUAUCGCUCUUCAAGUGGUUUUCUAAGUCCUAGAGAUUUCAAUUUAGUAUUAUUGAAACCAUAAUAGAUUUUAUCUACAAAUAGUGAAAACAACCCUAUCAAUGAUCCCUUAACUAAUUUGAUAAAAAAAAAAUCUUAAGAAUGA